AUGGUCCUCAGAGAAGACACCGAAAGAUCGACGUAUACUCAGAAAGUCGAUUUCGCCAAACUUCGCUCAGAACUACUCAACGCGGAUUCAACCGAAGCGCAACUAACACGUUCGUCACAUGAGAAGAUUGCUGCAGAUCUAGCUAAGCUCAAUUCACGACUUCGGGAUGAGAUUGGGCGCACGCAAGCAUCCGUUCGUCUGGACCUAAACCUUGAAAAGGGUCGUAUUCGAGAAGAAGCAAAUAGCCAAGAAAUGCGAAUAAAGGAGACGGAAACGCGAAUAGAGCAGGAGGUGGCGGGUUUGCGAGAACGCGUAGAAGCCGUGAAGUUCUCUACGCUACAGUGGCUGAUGGGUGUAUGCACCGGUACCGCCGCUUUGAUUCUUGGUGCCUGGCGUCUUUUCAUGUGA